ACGUCCAGCUGUCGGAGCUCGAAAAAAGGAGCCUCAGAGCCCGGAAUUCCUUUGGAAACUCGGAGAGGAGCCCUCGAAACGGGCAACACACUCCCAGAAAAGAUUCGAUCGGCGCGCAAGGGGCGCUGGUGCAAGAGGGACGGAGCUUGCGCCACACGACGCGUGCGAGCGAGAGAGGGAGCUACCAGACCGAGCUUUAUCUUUAUUAUGUGCGUCUCUGAGUGAAUUGUCAAGUGAAAUCAGAAAUGGCUGCCAACGAGCAACAGCGGAAGGACCAACAAGACUUGCGGGAGCCAGCUCACCAUGCGAGACGACCAAUGAACGCCUUUCUCAUCUUUUGCAAGCGUCACAGAGGAUCUGUGCGUUCUGGCUUCCCGCAUCUAGAAAACCGUGCUGUAACUAGAGUGCUCGGAGAAUGGUGGGCUACUCUUCAACCGGAACAGAAGCGUUCGUACACUAAUUUAGCCCAAGAGUACAAGGAUGCCUUUCUGAAUGCAAAUCCAGAUUUUAAAUGGUAUAAAUUACCUGCUCCUCCACUCCGUACAUUAACUACACGACCAACUAACAAGAAGCCUGAAUCGAGUCCUGUGGAUCAGGGUCACGAUACCGAUGCCAUUCAACCUGGAAAGUUGGCCGAUGAAUCUCAAAUUGGUGGCCUUAGCACUUUAUUCACUCCACAGAAAGUCCAAACACGAGAUGACGAUUUAAGUACAGAUAAUGACAUCACCGAUGUUCCAAAACCUCCAAAGAAGAGGUUCACCGAGCUACCGGUGUCGCCUGACCAGAAAAGAGACUGCAAGGCUGACUUGUUUGGUGAAAAGAACACCACGAAACCUGAGUCAAAUAACAACGAUCAGCAUCAAUUAAGGUAUCUCAAUUUUCAGAACGUCGAGGAUGAAAAAAACAAUGGUGAAACUUACUUUGAAGGAAAUGGAUCUUCCGAAGAAAAUACCUUCCGUGGCGAACGAACUUGCAAAGGUCUACGCUACCAAAAGUUUUUGGUAGAACAAUUAAGGAAUGUUGGUUCAGGGGGGCAACAAAACAAACGAAGGAGAACCACAGGAUUAUCCAGCAGUUCUGAGGAGCAAACCACGGAACGAAGAAAUUCUAUAUCAUCUAAUGUCAGUGAAAAAACUGAUUCCUUGAGUAGCGAAAGUGGUAACAGUUCACGCAGUGAAUUGGAGCAUCUUGUGGAAAGUGCCGAAGGAAAACUGGAGGCAUCAAAACCAGAGGAAACUGAAACCGAAGGUGCCGAAAGUCAAUUAGAUUACGGUCCUUGGACAGCUCGCAAAAGAUUCAGGGCUGAGGAUUUUAAUCUAGAGAAAAAAAUCGAAGCGUUGCCGUCAUUGAGUCUGGAGGAGUUCCAAGAAAAAAAGAAGCAGCAGCGUACCAAGAAAAAGACUAUGCAGAAACAGAACUCUACUGCCAGUAGAAGAGGUCAAGGUGAUUUCUUGAAACAACAAGCAACUCACGAGGGGAAGAAGUCUCCCCAAACUGGUAGACUCAGCGAAGCCCAGGAAGAAGCGGAAAGGCAACUGUUAGUUGGAAGUCAAAAGCGAAAAGCCCGAAAGCAAAGCAUAACAAGAAAUGCAGCUGCUAGCAACGCUUCGAAACGCCUCCUGGAUCAGGAACCAAAUGACAAAACAUGGUGCGCGUCGCCGGACCUCGAAGCAUUGGCUUGUCUCGCUACGGUUGCCGCCAAUCGAACGAAACUUACCAAAUAAUGGAUAAUUCAGAUACAUCACUCAACUCGGAAGACUUCACCAGAGCGAAGUAAGACCACCAAAAUAAUACUUUCAUUUUGCAUCGUAUAGUACGAAAUGCUACUGACCUUGUUACGACUAUUAUCGUCACGUGCUUAAUAUCAUUUGUACCGUCAUUACCGCUCUAGGGCAAUUUUCGCUGACACGUCUAUACCGUCAUUGUUAAUAUUACUGCGACUACUAUCGCUAAACUAUUACUGGCACUUGCACUGUUGCUACUAUUACUGCUGCUAUUUCUAUUAUUAUUACUAUUAUUAUCAUUAUCGUUACAAAGCCUCGUAUCUAUUUUCCUAUUGAUCAAUCUAAACAUUCGAGAUGUGCAGACAAGGACUCAACGUGUAUAGAAUAUUAGGGAUAUUUUUUCAUAAGGAGAAAUUGUUUAUACACUAAAAUUCGGAUUCCUUUUUUCUUCGUCGGCGCGACGAAUGAAUAAUCCAUUGCAAAGUCCUUAUGGAUUUAUUAUCGCUCUGUUGGUUGCAAGCGAAACAGGAGUGUCUUUCUAAAUGGACAGAACAUUUCCUAAUUCAACUUGCGACACGUUAGGAAAUUGUAAUUUAAAGUGUCGUAUGGUUAUGCCGGCGUUUUAUCAUGUUUAUUAUUAUUAUUACUAUUAUUAUUAUCGUCGUUACGUAGUGCUCGUAUACUUUCUUAUUAUUCGAUCUGAAAACUUGAGAUGUGCAGAGAAAGGCUCUGCUUGUACAGAAUAGUAGGGAUAUUUUUUUCAUACACUAGUGAGAAAUUGUUUAUAUCAUAGUAUCCUAAUUUCGUCUAUUCCCUGUCGUACAACAAUAUGAAAUGCGUCGUAAAAUCUCUCAUGAUUUAUCGCUCAGCGAGCUCCAAGCAAAACACGGAUGUCUCGUUGAAUGGAAUGAAUAUUUUCCAAACUAAGUCCUUGCUAGUAAGAGAUCGUUGUUGAACUGUCGCUUAUUACAUCGGAGUUUUAUAAGGACUGACGUAACUGAUAGGGUGCUUUGACAGUUUGCUUGGAUCCAACGAGACAUAGAAUCUUAACAACUAUUGUGAAAGAGCGAACGCGGUAACGCAUGUGUACGAUAUUUAUAAUCAAUUGAGCGGAUGCUGUUACGUUCAUUUUGUAAUUUAUUUUACUUAAUGGUGAGAAACACGACAACCAUCAAUUUAUCGUCGGACGCUUUAGUUAAUGGAUUUCAAUAAUGACAGCAAUGACAGCUGGGUGUCGCUGAUGUUAUUAUCGUAAGAUAAAUCUUCUUUUUCAUGGUUUUAUUGUAUUGUAAAAGUUUGUUGUAAAUAGGGAUAGGCGCAGUAUUAUACGUCAUGUAAGGCUUGGACAACAAGAACAGGUAUAAUCAAAAUGUAUAAACGAGCGGAUUUGUAAUGUACGUAGACACGUGUAUGCAUACUUUCUGUCCUUGUACUGUACAAGUGACACGUCAACAUCUCAAAGAAGCGAAAACACUUUCCGAAGGCUUUCGAAUCCAUGGUCAUGUAUGUGUGGACGUACCGAUUGUAACGAUAAGACUCUACUAAUAUAUAUUUGAUUGUAUAUUUAUAAUAUUUAUAUCGACUAACGUAUGUAGAGUUUUUAAGACCGUACGAGUGCGAUUCGGCGCGGGUGAAGAAAGUAAGACUUGUCUGUGAUUACGGCUAAAGGAAUUUUUAAUCUUUUAUAUUUUUCUAUUAAUUGUCUCUGUGACGUCUCCUUUAUUUUCUUUUUGUUAUCGGAGGAUAAAUCCUGAGAGAAGUUUUGUACGACCUUAGGGACGCGCAAUGUCGAUUGAUUGACAUUCUCACGAGGGAGGAGUACACGAUUAUAUUUCAAACGUGCCUUGAAGAGAUAAACAUAGUAAUUAAAUGACGACCAAUUGAAAUUCCGAAUAUAGUUUCGCUUUCAUAAUAAGAGGUUACAUCACGAUCCUUUUAUUCCCAAGUGUCGAGUUUUUAAAUAUCAAAGGGGUGGUUUGAGAAUCAUUGAGGGCCCGCGUGGCCCGGGACCUAAAGACUAGGCAUUUUUAAAAAGAAGGCUUUUUGAAUUUUACUGCACAAAAUCUGUGUAACUAGCUUUAAAACUAUCAUUCAUACGGAUACAGAUAUAUAC